AUGGAAUAUGGGAGAAGGGGAUGGAUUCUGGGAGAAGGGGAUGGAAUAUGGGAGAAGGGGAUGGAAUCUGGGAGAAGGGGAUUGGAAUCUGGGAGAAGGGGGUGGAAUCUAGGAGAAGGGGGUGGAAUGUGGGAGAAGGGGAUGGAAUGUGGGAGAAGGGGAUGGAAUCUGGGAGAAGGGGAUGGAAUCUGGGAGAAGGGGAUGGAAUCUGGGAGAAGGGGAUGGAAUCUGGGAGAAGGGGAUAGAAUCUGGGAGAAGGGGAUGGAAUCGGGAAGAAGGGGAUGGAAUCUGGGAGAAUGGGAUGGAAUCUGGGAGAAGGGGAUGGAAUCUGGGAGAAGGGGAUGGAAUCUGGGAGAAGGGGAUGGAAUCUGCGAGAAGGGGAUGGAAUGUGGGAGAAGGGGAUGGAAUCUGGGAGAAGGGGAUGGAAUCAGGGAGAAGGGGAUGGAAUCUGGGAGAAGGGGGUGGAAUCUGGGAGAAGGGGGUGGAAUCUGGGAGAAGGGGGUGGAAUCUGGGAGAAGGGGAUGGAAUCUGGGAGAAGGGGAUGGAAUCUGGGAGAAGGGGAUGGAAUCUGGGAGAAGGGGAUGGAAUCUGGGAGAAGGGGGUGGAAUCUGGGAGAAGGGGAUGGAAUCUGCGAGAAGGGGAUGGAAUCUGGGAGAAGGGGAUGGAAUCUGGGAGAAGGGGAUGGAAUCUGGGAGAAGGGGAUGGAAUCAGGGAGAAGGGGAUGGAAUCUGGGAGAAGGGGGUGGAAUCUGGGAGAAGGGGGUGGAAUCUGGGAGAAGGGGGUGGAAUCUGGGAGAAGUGGAUGGAAUCUGGGAGAAGGGGAUGGAAUCUGGGAGAAGGGGAUGGAAUCUGGGAGAAGGGGAUGGAAUCUGGGAGAAGGGGAUGGAAUCUGGGAGAAGGGGAUGGAAUAUGGGAGAAGGGGAUAGAAUCUGGGAGAAGGGGAUGGAAUCUGGGAGAAGGGGAUGGAAUCUGGGAGAAUGGGAUGGAAUCUGGAAGAAGGGGAUGGAAUCUGGGAGAAGGGGAUGAAAUCUGGGAGAAUGGGAUGGAAUUUGGGAGAAGGGGAUGGAAUCUUGGAGAAGGGGAUGGAAUCUGGGAGAAGGGGAUGGAAUAUGGGAGAAGGGGAUGGAAUCUGGGAGAAGGGGAUGGAAUCUGGGAGAAGGGGAUGCAAUCUGGGAGAAGGGGAUGGAGUCUAGGAGAAGGGGAUGGAAUCAGGGAGAAGGGGAUGGAAUCUGCGAGAAGGGGAUGGAAUCUGGGAGAAGGGGGGGAUGGAAUCUGGGAGAAGGGGAUGGAAUCUGGGAGAAGGGAUGGAAUCUGGGAGAAGGGGGUGGAAUCUUGGAGAAGGGGAUGGAAUCUAGGAGAAGGGGAUGGAAUAUGGGAGAAGGGAAUGGAAUCUGGGAGAAGGGGAUGGAAUCUGCGAGAAGGGGAUGGAAUCUGGGAGAAGGGGAUGGAAUCUGGGAGAAGGGGAUGGAAUCUGGGAGAAGGGGAUGGAAUCAGGGAGAAGGGGAUGGAAUCUGGGAGAAGGGGGUGGAAUCUGGGAGAAGGGGGUGGAAUCUGGGAGAAGGGGGUGGAAUCUGGGAGAAGGGGAUGGAAUCUGGGAGAAGGGGAUGGAAUCUGGGAGAAGGGGAUGGAAUCUGGGAGAAGGGGAUGGAAUCUGGGAGAAGGGGAUGGAAUAUGGGAGAAGGGGAUAGAAUCUGGGAGAAGGGGAUGGAAUCUGGGAGAAGGGGAUGGAAUCUGGGAGAAUGGGAUGGAAUCUGGGAGAAGGGGAUGGAAUCUGGGAGAAGGGGAUGAAAUCUGGGAGAAUGGGAUGGAAUUUGGGAGAAGGGGAUGGAAUCUUGGAGAAGGGGAUGGAAUCUGGGAGAAGGGGAUGGAAUAUGGGAGAAGGGGAUGGAAUCUGGGAGAAGGGGAUGGAAUCUGGGAGAAGGGGAUGCAAUCUGGGAGAAGGGGAUGGAAUCUAGGAGAAGGGGAUGCAAUCAGGGAGAAGGGGAUGGAAUCUGGGAGAAGGGGAUAG